CGCCCCCUCUUACUAAGCAGCCUCCUCCCUGCCUUGCCAUCCAACCUUUCUUGUCCGGUGAGGGUGUUGAUAACAUAUGAAGAAGAAAUAAAAGGUUUGGGUAGCCACAAAGAAGCUUGUGGGUUAUGAGACGCUGAGGAGAAGGAAGAUAGAUGUAGAGGAAGACUUACCAGUCCAUGUGGGAUGGAGAUUUAGCAAUGGAAGUUCAAUCAUAAAUCCAUUGGACCUCGUCAUCAGUGACCGGUUGAGAAAUGUUUUGAAAAGUCUCAGAUUUUAGCCAGUUGGGACUUUUAUAGCAGCCUGGGUCUUUGUCCCCUCUCCUUUUGUCCAAAGAAGAUGGAUGAGGAGGUGGAGAAGAUCACCUGUAAGGAUGUAAGUGAAAAAGGGGAGGAUGGAGCAGUAGAUGAUCCAUCCCUUAGGAAAAGGACGGCCAUAGUUCACAGGUCGAUUAGUAGCGACCCAACCCCGCAGGCUGGCAUCGCAGAGGACAAUCAGGAGCCUGGUGAUGUUGGGUCACCUCCAGAAACCAAGGAAGGAGAUGAUGGUGGGCAACUGCUGGAAUUGUCGCGGCUCAUUUGGGAAGAAUGGAAAAAGAGCAGCUGGUGGGACAAACAUGGGGCAGACUGGGCCAUAAUUGGGCUGGCGAUGUGCAGCGUACCUGCGGGUUUCCUAUGUCUGGGGUCCGGCAGCCUCUUCCUCUUUGUGUUGGGCAUCCUCAUCCUAGGACUGGCCAAUUCAGCCAUCACUGUGAAGGGCAGUCACCUGGCAAGUCACCGCUCAUUGUGCCAGUCAUCCCAACUGGGAAGGAUUUGGGCCACUUUCUUUAUUGAGGUGUGCAGCUGGAUCCCGGUUCCGUGCGGAGAGAAGGGCCACGUCAAGCAACAUCAUGGCCACACCAAUGUCAUUGGCCUGGGGGACUCGAGCGUAUGGAAGGCUCCGUUCCUAAGCUGCGCUGUGUACAUGUUCCUGGCCCCACUGGCACUGCCAGUCGUUACCCUGUUUGUGGGACUCAGAUACAUGUCGCAGAUGGCAGUGCCCCGAGCCCUGUGCAGCCUGGCCUGCAUCUCCGUGGGCCUGUGGGGCCAUUGCUGGUUACUUGCUCAGAUCUCUGGGUUGGGCGCAGGAUCGGCCAUUGUGUGCGUGUUCCUCUCACGGUCCGUGAUGGCCAUUCCUUUCAUACAUGUUAAUAUAUUUCAGCACAUAGGGCUCCCCAUGUUCUCCCCAACUCAACGCCCUCGGCGCCUCAUACUCAUGGCCCACUCCGUGCUGAAUUUGCCUCGGAACCUGAUCCUGGACUGGACAUUUGGCCACUCGCUCAUCAGCUGCCACGUGGAGCACCACCUCUUCCCAAUGCUGUCGGACCACAUGUGCCUGAAGGUGAAACCCACGGUGUCCGGGUUUCUGCGCACUCACAAUCUGCCAUACCAGGAGGAUACGUACCUGUCCCGGCUACAGCUCUUUCUGAGGGACUACAAUGAACUGAUGGUCCAGACUCCUCCCAUCACCCAGCUGGCAGAACUUCGAUAAAGUCGGCAGCGCAACGGCGGGGAAAUCGGGCGCCCAUCGGAACCCAGACAUUUAUAUAGAGUUCUAUAGAACAACUGUAUCCCCUGCCCCAUGUAACUAUGAAAUAGAGAAUAUUCAUUUACUGGA